AUGGAGAAGCUGUCCGUGGCAUCUGGGUACAGUGACGUGACCAAUAGCAAGAUCAUCGGGCCCAUGGCCGUGGGCUGCCUCACCAAGUACAGCCAUGCCUUCCACGGGCUCUGCCUGCUGGCCAUGUACUGCAGUGGGAACCAGGAUGGGAGUUUGCAGUGUCCUUCCUGCAAAACCUUCUAUGGAGAGAAAACCGGGACGUGGCCCCGGGGGAAGAUGGAUGUCUUCAAGUUCCAGUUGUCCCUCACUGGCCAUGAGGACUGCAGGAUGAUACUCAUAGUUUACACCAUUCCACACAGCAUCCAGGGUCCCAAAUAUCCCAAUCCCAGAAAGCUGUUCACCGCCAGGGGGUUUCCCCACCAGUGCUACCUUCCAGACUACGCCGAGGGCUGCAAGGUCCUAGAGCUCCUCAAGGUGGCCUGGAAGAGGCGACUCAUUUUCACAGUGGGCACAUCCAACACCAUGGGUGAGGCGGACAUGGUGGUGUGGAAUGAGAUCCACCACAAGACAGAGACGGACUGCAACAUAACAGGCUAUGGCUACCCCAACCCCAACUACCUGCAGAAUGUGCUGGCCGAGCUGGCCACUCAGGAUGUCACCAAGGACUGCCUGGAGCAGCAGUGGCCCACUCUCCUGGCUGGCCCUGCUCCCUGUGUGCCCCAACCCUGCCCCUGCCAUGAGUGCCCCAUCCUCCCCAUCGCUGCCAGGACUGUCCCUCAGACAGACGGACAGGGAAUUCCCCUCCUGAGAGGAUGCUUGUGGCAUGGGGCCUGCUCCACCUCAGGCUGA